GGCAGUUGCUGUAACGCGACGUGUGACGCAAGUUGUUUCGUAGAGUGGAGAGUACGACCGUGGCAUUCGUGUCGUUAUCAGUGAUAGAAAAAGUAAAUAAAAAAAAAAGUUGACAGAAUGGGUAACACCAGCAAGAAGCUGGCUGCAAAGUGUACACUCUUGACUAAGGAUGAACAGAAGUAUGUCGCGGCUACCUUCCGAGCAGCCAGUAAGAACUCUGAGAGGAUCCGAGAGGAGGAUCUCAUCGUGAGUGGCAAAAUAGACGCAGUGUCAUUAGAAAAAUUUUGGGGUCCACAAAUAGAUCCGAGGCUAGCGCAGUACCUCACCAAUUUCUUAUUCGGUUCUGGACAGCAGAAGACAGCAACCGUUGAGUUCAAUAGAUUCGCUGAACUAUACGUUUACAAUGUUCGUGGUACAGUUGAGGAAAGAAUGAUGGUCACAUACAACUGCCUCGGCAUGGACUACAACGAGGAUUUUGAACUACCCUUCCAGCUGCUAAAGGAGUAUUGUGAGAGCAUCGUGUCGGCGUAUAUAAAGAUAGUGAAAUCGUCCUCAUCGAAACGAGCGAGGACAUGGAUAGACAAGGGGUUCAGAGCUACAGCGUCCCACGUGCAAGCCCUGGGGGAAGCCGUUGCGGCGUCCGUUGGGGGUGAUAUGGAAUCACCUCAACAUUGCACGGCGCAACAACUUUCGAAAUGGCUUCAGUCAAAUAUUCUAUUGAAACAAGUGGCUGAGUUGGUAUACGUGAAUUUGUACGGAAUCAACAAAAGAGCGGGUGACGAGAGUCCCACCCCCCUACCGCCGGCCGCGCCCUCCUUACUGCCCGGACCUGACGGUCUCGACCCGAUGCCGGACUACCCGGCGUUCAUCGACAUGUCGCACAUCGUGUGGAUCAACGCGCACUUGCCGCAGCAGUUCCAGCACAAGUGGCGUUUCUUGUUUUCAACUCACAUACACGGCGAAUCGUUUUCAACUAUGACCGGUCGUAUCAUAGAGCAAGGUCCAUCCAUAAUAAUAAUCGAAGAUUCCAGUGGUUACAUCUUCGGAGGCUUCGCCCCCGCACCCUGGGCCUUCGGUCCCAACUUCACCGGCACGGACGAGUCGUUCCUGUUCACCUGUGCACCCAAAAUGAGGAUCUACCCAGCCACUAAUUAUAAUGAUCAUUACCAAUACAUGAAUCAUCAUACGAAAACCUUGCCCAAUGGUUUGCUGAUGGGCGGCCAGUUCCAUUUCGGCGGCAUCUGGGUGAAUGCGGAGCCGUUCGGCGAGGGUUCGUCUGCGGAGUCGUGCUCCACCUACCGCGGGUACCGAAGACUCAGCAAGGAGCCCUCCUUCCGCAUCCGCAGUCUGGAGGUGUGGGGCGUCGGGGAUAAACCCGUCAUCGACAAGGACGAGGACGAGCGCGACCUGAGCGUGCUGGACACGAACCCCGAGGCGAAGGCCAUCCUCGACAUGGCGGGCCGCACGCGCCACAGCGAGGGCAUCCGGGAGCCGCCGCCCCUGUAGGCAGCUACAGAGAACGCGAAGUCCUGAGGAUGCUGUGAAGUUCUUGCUACCGCCCACCACAGGAGGCACUAUUAGCAAUAUAAUUCUUUUGGAAAUGACUAGUCAUUCGAUAUUGAAAUUGUAAAAAUAAGUAUAUUUUCACACGCGUACAUAAUUUAAGAUCUCAUUAUUAAUUUCCGGCUGCUGAGAGAUGCGUCUCCGUUUCUGAGUGGACGAUGUAACUAUGAGGAGGCGAAUUUUCGAUAUUGCUUUUGAUUUAAUUAAAGUUAUUGUAUUGGGUAGGUAGACUGCCCAAUGUGCCGUAUGGUGAGUGCUUACCUAUCUGGAACGCGUCUCCAAGUAUUGCGGUUUGGCGGUAGAAUGUUUUUUUU